AUGGAUGCCCUCUGUGAAUACAGCUACUGCUCUCUGGCAACCAGCAUGAAAGAAGCCGGAAUGGGAGAACUGCUGGACUCCUUCCCCAGCCUCCUGGAGGAAAGGCUCUUGAGCAAUGGGACCAACGAGUCCCUGCAAGAGCUGUGGCGGAAUUUCCUCAGCCUGGAGAGGAGCGAGGGCAUGCAAGGGAGCGCUUCUGUGAUCCUGCGGAUCUUCAUCUCCAUCGUCUACUCCGUGGUGUGCGCACUCGGUCUGGUGGGCAAUGUCCUGGUGCUCUACCUGAUGAAAAGCAAAUGGAAAAAGUCCUCCAUCAACCUUUUUGUGACCUGCCUGGCCCUGACUGAUUUCCAGUUUGUGUUGACGCUGCCUUUCUGGGCUGUGGAGAAUGCUCUGGAUUACACCUGGCUCUUUGGCAAUGCAAUGUGCAAGAUCCUUUCUUAUGUGACCGCCAUGAACAUGUAUGCCAGUGUCUUCUUCCUCACCGCCAUGAGCAUUGCCCGCUACCAUGCUGUGGCUUCUGCCCUGAAAACCAGAAGCCAAGGUGGACUCUCAGGCACCUGUUCUCCAGCCAAAUGGCUGUGCAUCCUCAUAUGGAUCCUGGCCAUUCUCGCUUCCUUGCCCACUGGUAUCUUCUCCACAACUGCCAGGAUCUUUGGUGAGGAAUUCUGCCUAAUUCGUAUCCCUGAUAGUGGAGUCAACAAUACUCGGCUGGGGCUCUACCAAGCCCAGAAGGUGUUGCUGGGCUUUCUGUUGCCACUGGGCAUCAUCACUCUUUGCUAUCUCCUCCUGGUGCGCUUCAUCAGUGACAGGCAUGUGGGUGCCAGCUCCUGUGGCCCAAGCACUAAGCGUCGGGCCAAAGUGACCAAAUCCGUGACUAUCGUCGUGUUGUCCUUCUUCCUCUGCUGGCUGCCCAACCAGGCGCUCACCACCUGGGGCAUCCUCAUCAAACUCAAUGCCCUGCACUUCAGCCAUGCCUACUUCCUCUCUCAGGCAUACCUCUUCCCCAUCACCGUGUGCCUGGCACACUCCAACAGCUGCCUCAACCCCAUCUUCUACUGCCUGAUGCGGAGGGAGUUCCGCAAGGCACUCAAGAAACUGCUCUGGAGAAUCACAUCGCCCUCCAUCACCACCAUGCGCCCUUUCACAGCCACCACUAAACCUGAGCAGGAGGAGCAAGUACUUCAUAGCCUGAUGCCUGUUAACCCAACAGGUCGUUUUGCUCCUGCUCCUCAUCCUCCCCCAGCUGUAGCAGUAACUCUACCUGAUAUCAUCUCAUAUCCCCCUGGAGUGGUGGUGUACACUAGUCGCUCUGAUGCUUUGCCCACCAGCCCCUCUGCUGAGCAUCACUGUUAGCCCUCAGGAACAUCACCAUGUAUGAAGCUUGCAACUGGUUCCUGGCCCUGGGGUCUGUAGAGAUUGGUGGGUGAUUGUGCUGGAGUGAUGUACUUGAACUGCCCAUAUCUUAGAAAUUGGGAGAGUAGGAAAAUGUCUGUAGGGCAAUUCCAUCCCCUAGAACUGUAUUCCCCUAGAAGGGGAGCAUAAAGGGAAGAAUUUGUGUAGGAUUUUUCCAUGAUCCAAGGUAGAAAAGUCCUAUGGCAUGUAUGUAUGGCAUUAAGAAAGGUGAGAACCUAUGGCACUAUAGCGUAACCACACUUAGAAUAGUGUGUACA